UAUGAUUAUUGGUGAUUAGUAAUCUAAUCUCUUAUACUAAUUUUGAUUAGUAUUAUAUAAUAUAUAUAUAUCUCAUUGCUUACGCAUAGAUCUAGAUUAAAAGAUUGCAUAUUGUCUCUGACAGACAAACACCCAGAAAACUAUUCUUAAAAAGAGAAGAUCUUUGGUCUCUUACAUACACAUAAUCUGACAACCCUCCAAAGACUGAGGGCUGCUAGAAUCUGUGUCAAGGGAAUCAAACAAAAAUAGAAAUAAAAGAUUCUGAUGAUAAUGUGAACAAGAACCUGGUUUGGUCUGCAAGAAAUAGUCUUGAGCAGAAGAUUGGUCAAAGGGAUUAAUGGGUGAUAUUCCAAAGAUGGUGUAUGGGUGGAGCUGGGAGGAGAACAAGCUGUUCGAGGUGGCGUUGGCGGUUGUGGAUGAGGAGGAUCCUGAUCGGUGGGAAGCGGUGGCGUGUAUGGUGGGAGGGACAAAAAGUGCGGAGGAUGUUCGGAAACAUUAUGUGAUUCUUUUGGAGGAUUUGCAGUGGAUUGAGUCCGGUCAGUUGGAUCAUGCCAUUGUUGCAGAAGCUUGUUCUUGUCUUCAAGUUGACUCUUCUAUUCAAACUGUGUGCUGGACAGAAGAUGAUCAUAAGUUGCUGAUACAAUUGGACAUAAAUUGAUUAGUAGAGUUGGCCGGGAAGAAUGGUAAAGCAAGCACAUAGUAAAUCUAAUCAUUGUGUAACACAAGGAUUUGUGCUUCUAUAAUUCUAUUGCAAUCCUAGUUUCUUAGUUUUUCCAAA